GCGAGGACUAGGGCACAGUGCAAGUGCCAGACAGGUGCUCGAUGCUACCAAGCCUGUCAUAGUAGCCGUGUUUCGUGUACGAAGUACGGAGUAUGUAGUACGCCCCUACCUAGCGACCCCGCCACGCCGCUACGAGCCGCUGCGACCAAACGACGUGCCUGCUGGGAAGGGGAUUUCGGACAGUACCGUCCCAGCGUUUCCCAUCUUCGCCUUUUACAAGGUGCCGUCCAGAGCAACAAUCGCGCCGUCGAGAUGGGCAAUGUCGGCAGCACGCCCGAAGAGGGCGCAUCACUCUAUCUUAGGGACCAGAAUCGAUUAUCCAUCUCUUCUGUCGCCAUUAGUAGUCCGCGAAAGCGCACAUCCAUAAACAUCGUUCCUAAUGCAUAUCCUGCUACAAGAGUAUCAGCAUCUCGAUCACUGGGCGAGAAUGGCCCCAUCGAGUUCGUCUUGGACCCGGAAGCGCCCACUAGCGGUGCUGCAGCCCCGGUCUUCCUGCUGAAGCUCGCAAACGACGAUGACUUGGUCUUCACUUUCACCUUCAUCAUUCGCCAGGCGCACCAAAUUGUCCAGGCUCCAGCUGGUGGCGUCGAAUCCGUCGGCUCGACCGAUACCCAGAUCAAGGGCCUCACCUUUGUGUAUGCUUCGACGUCCCGCGAGGUAGAGAAUCUGGUCACGCGCGAGUUUCACGCCGACCCGAAUCUGCACAAGAACGCGAACGUCGAGCUUGUUGGCCCUUUCUCAACUGAAGGCAGCCCAUCGGUGACGUUUGAAUGGAGCUGGAGAUGGAAGCCCCCAAAGAAUACCGAGGACAAAGGUGGCGGCUGGAGGAAUUCGUGCAGUUUCGUCGAGUACGACCAGCGGGCCCACCGUCUGCAUACCCUCGCCAGUUUUUCCUUUUUCGUGGCCAGCGUAUCACCAUACUUCAGCCAACCCCAUUCGCCAUCCCCUCCUAUUCUUUUAAGUGCCCCGCCCAAGGUGCGAGUGGUGUCCGCACAGUCCGUCGAGUCUCGAAUCAGCGCCGUUCCGGAAGAAGACGAAACCCUCUCUCCCUUACCUCUCUCAAGUGACCCAGGCAAUGGAGUUCCGUCGAUGCCACUGGCUGUUGCAAAAGAGCCUAUCAAGGUCGACGUAUCCUGCCCGCGGCCUAGCGAAGAUAUGUCUGUAUCCGAUGACGGACCGCUCUUCCGGGCAACGAUGAAAGCUCUGGAACAGAAAACGGGAAACAUGCGAAUGCAGAUGAAGAGAUUAAUCAAAAAGGCCGAGCAGGUUCACGCAGCGCAGCAAGAAGCUAAUGAUGCCUUUACCGGCUUCAUCGAGGCGUUGAAGGAAGUGUCUUCUACCAACGCAAACGCUGUCCAGCCAGCCAUCGAACACUACUUUGACAAGAUCGCCCGCGAGAUCCUGAUGUAUGAGCGACAAAACACAUUGAACAUGCAAAGGAUUGUCAUAGACCCGAUGAACAAGCUUUAUCAGAUGGACAUCAAGCAGGCCGAGGCAAAGAAGCGCGACUUCGAAGAGGAGAGCAAGGACUUCUACGCCUACGUGAGCCGGUAUCUGGGCCAGCGGCACGACUCGAUCAAGGCGAAACAAAGCGACUCCAAGUACCAAUCUAAACGCAAGACCUUUGAGCUCAAGCGCUUUGACUACUCUUCGUUCAUGCAGGAUCUCUCCGGUGGCCGAAAGGAGCAAGAGAUUUUGUCCCAUCUCACCAAAUAUGCCGAUGCCCAAGCAAGAUUGUUUCUUGCCACCUCGAAAAAGGUAGAUAAUCUCCUCCCGCAACUCGAGGCCUUGUCUAGCGAGGUGCACGAAGCGGAUAAAGAGUACCAAUACCAACGCCGAGAGCGCGAGGAGAAGAGAAGACUCCUGGAAAAGAGCAACCUUUCCUACGGAGAACCGGAGCCUCCUUCUACGGCGUCAGGAAUAGCUCCACUACCCGUCUUAAAUGGUCCGCAAGCCAAUUCGGACUCUGAGCUCGGCCGAGCAGACAGCACAGGUUCGCAGCUUAAGACAAUCAGCCCCGGCAAUAUGGGCAAUUCUCCCGGGGUAGGGGAUCUUUCCAAAUCCCCUGGGAGUCUUAGCCAUCAUACGUCUGUUGGUAGCCCUCAACAAAAUGCCAAGUUCCGCGGCAUCCGAGACCUAGAGGAGCGAGAUUCAAGCCAGGUGGCAAAUUCUGAGAAAAACUCGAUGCAGAGAAAGGAGGGCUUGCUUUGGGCUCUCAACCGACCAGGCGGCCACGUGGAUCCACGAGCUCUGAAUAAACAGGGCUGGCACAAGUUUUGGAUUGUUCUUGAUCAAGGCAAGCUGUCCGAGUAUAGCAACUGGAAGCAGAGGCUAGACUUGCAUAUGGAUCCCAUCGACUUGCGUCUAGCUUCGGUACGAGAGGCGAGGAAUGCAGAGCGCCGUUUCUGUUUCGAGGUCAUCACGCCACAGUUCAAGCGCGUUUACCAGGCAACCUCUGAAGAAGACAUGAACAGUUGGAUUAUGGCCAUCAACAACGCACUUCAGAGCGCUGUGGAAGGGCGGGGGUUCAAGGAGAAGCCGCUGGUAUCCACUGGCGAACUAAGCUUCAACGGGAUCGAUAUUGGGUCCAUUUUGACGGGGAAAAGCCCGUCUAGCGCUCACGCUAGCCACUCAAAUCACGGCUCUAGCGGGAUUCCUUUAAGACGAACGACUGUUGGCGCCCGUCCAGGCACGUCACGCGGCAGCAGUUUCGACGAGAAUCCCGAUAAACUGCUCCAGAUGCUCCGCGACAAUGAUCAAGGAAACGGCUGGUGUGCCGAUUGUGGAUCGAAUAACAAGGUUGAGUGGGUUUCCAUCAAUCUCGCCAUCAUUGUUUGCAUUGAGUGCAGCGGUAUCCAUCGGUCACUGGGGACGCAUAUCAGCAAGGUUCGCUCCCUCACUCUCGACACAACCUCUUUUACAGCGGACAUUGUGGAGCUCCUUCUCCUAGUUGGAAACAGGGUGUCCAAUAUGGUCUUUGAGGCCAAGUUAGAUCCCACAGUGAAGCCUACCCACCAAGCGACACGAGAACAACGACUCAGAUUUAUCACCGCGAAAUAUGUCGAACGAUCAUACGUAGAACCCAUUUCCCCCACUCUCUCCAGGUACCCUACUCCGGACGACACUCUCCUCGCAGGGAUCAAGAAAAACGACAUCCAACAGGUCCUGUAUGCCCUGGCGCUGCAAGCUAGUCCAAACGUGACUGAUAAGUCACGAGGCACGCACGCUGUCUACCUGGCCCUGGCUGCGGCGGAUCCCGCACAGCCGUCACCAACACCGCCGUCGGUGCCCGCACCGGGACAGGCUGCGGAAAAGGUUGUGCCUUUCCCCAUCGCCGAGCUGUUGAUCCAGAAUGGUGCAGAAAUCCCACUCCAGCCCCCAGCCUUCCCUCUCAGUCACGCCGCGCAGCAGUAUGUCGAGGUGAAGCGGGGACGCCGAGCUGCCAUCGAAGCAUCGGGAGGCUCGUACGAUGGCGUCGGUUCACAUACAUCCAACGCGACGUUGAGCCCUGGCGACAAGCUCCAGCGAGAAAGGGAGGCCAGACUCCAGAAGCGCGUAAGCGCGGGGGGGCGUUUAGCCAAGAACCCUAUUCCAGAGCGAUAGAGCGGCUUGGGGGUUGCUUAUGGAGUGCCAUUCCUCAACCUCAGCCGCCAGCGGUCAUAUCCGUCGUAUUAACUAAGGCGCCGUCUUUCCCAACCGCCACACGUUUUAUUCUGUUAUUCUCCUAUCCGUUGAGCUCAUUCAUGUACGAUUUGUUUUAUUUUAUCUUUUGACAUUCCGACCUUUGAGCACUAGCUUCCUCAUACCCACAUA